UACACCAUCAGCUUGUCUUGCCGCACCUCCUGCUUGUCCCCUGCACUUUUGUCCUGAAAACUCCCGUUGCUGCCAUCUCCCAUCAAUAUGAAGUCCAGUAUGUUCACGAGUCAGCUGCUUCGCAGCUUCAGACCCGCGCAACCCGCACCGUCUCGAGCUUUUGUCAAUAGCUUCCACAGCCUGUCAAAAGCACGGCCUCUAGUUCGCAGCCCCCCCUCCCUCAAUGCACGGACGCAGACGAGAAAUGCUAGGAAAUAUGCCAGACCGCCGAACCGAUUCGAGCAGGCUGUCAUCGACGCUCGAGUCAAACACCCCAUCCUCUUUCCAUUCCUGCUCUUUGGUUCAACGGCAUCUGUGAUCUUGCUCAUCAUCAUGGCAUACGACCAGUGGCGGAGGGAGAAGAGAGGCACCUCAGUAUAUCCUCCGGCUGUCGAAGACCAACUGCGGCUGGCCCUACACUACACCCACAUCUCGCCCGAUCCCGACACCGCGUCAAAGUAUUUCAUGCAAGCCAUCAAGAAGGCGGAAGAGGUGGGGAUGGACCCCUACAGUAAAGACACCGUCGGUAUCCGGGUCCGCUUCUCCCAAAUGCUGGAGGAGUUCGGACACGUCAAAGCCGCGAUUGAAAUCCUGGACGGCAUCUCCGCCGACCUGGAACAAAAACUGGCCGAACUUGAUCGAGCACAGUCCGUCAAGACGGAUGCUCCGUCCAGUCUGGAUUCCGAGACUGCAGAUUUCCGCGCGAAUCUGAUCAAGGGGAUUGUCAAGCUGAAGAUCAAGAUAUCGUCCAUGUACGAAAGCGAUUAUCUUCAGAACCCCAGCAUGGCCAAACAGGUGCUGUCGGAUGCGGUGGGCCUCGUUGUGAAGGAGACCAAGAACCCGCAGGUCAAUACCUUCACGGAGGACAACGGCGCGGGCUUGACUACCGGUGAAAUUGCCGCCAUGCUGUCUCAAAUGGGCGACCUGUACGCGACCUCGGGAGAGGAGGAAAACGCCAUCCAGCUCUACAUGCUCACUCUGCAGCCGCUGAGGGCGUCGUGCAACGGCACCAGAUCCUGCAAGGAGGUUCAGGUCCUCAGCAACAUCGCUUCGGCCAUGGACAUGGCGUUGAAGAAACCAACCGCCAAGAUCAACGGGAAGCCGGCCACCAAGGACACGCUGGCGGCCGGGAGACGAGCUGCCCUGAGAUGGGCGGACCAAGCUAUCGCAACCGCCGACGUCGUCAAGUCUGAAGAGCGCGAUGAAAUCUGCACUGCCGCUUUGAUCUCUGCCCAGAUGACCCGCGCCGAUCUGUUGCUGGACAACGGCGACAAGGUGAAGGCACGCGAAGCAUUCCUGAAUCUGCUGCCUAUGCUGAGGGAGAAAAACCUCCUUCCUCUAGUCGAAACUGCAGAGCAAGGACUAAAGAGGGCCUCGGCUUGAUUCGAUGGGUGAUUUCACUUUACUGCAAAGGAAUUCCAGAUUAUUUACUCCGCUGGCAGUUUGACUUCACUGCGUUCUGCCUCUACCAGUCUCUGCAGCGGCAACUGUUCUCAUAAUCAUUUUACGCAGCCAUUUCUGCGAGCGGAUUUAGCUCUGUAAGACGAGCGUUUAAGGUUCAUGAUAUUGAAUCAGGUACAUCACAACGGCAUCCGGCCUCUUAGAGUGGCAUCCUGCUGCUCGUCGACCAGAUCAAGCGUGCCAGCACAUAAACCUACUAACCAGCACGAUAAUAAACACCCUACAGCACAAAGUAGCCGCAGAUUAUCGAGGACGUUGUGGCGUGCAGUUCGGUCCCGUGCCUCAUCGGACCCGUCUCUAGGUCUCUAAGUAUGUGAAAGCAACAGACUACUCUGAUUGAUCUUCUAGAAAGUAGAAUGUCGCUGGAGGAUAACUUGACGGGACAACCGUUCUAACUAGAUCCGCCGCUCGCAUUUGACUGCACGAUGUUGUGAACGGAGAUAUUGCCGGGGCCGAUCCAUUGCGACACGAGGGGUUUUUGCGGUGAAAAAUCUUGCCUUCUGAAGCGUUCAUUGAACGACGGGAAUAACUGCAUUUAGACGGGCGUGACAAGGAGGAUAGCGACACAGCCUCACGGCCUCACGGCUGACGAGGCUGACCAAUCAGAGACCUGAGACUCCGGGAGAGAUUUAGAUCUACGACAUCCCUAGUCGUUUCAACAACCGCCGUUGGACUUUCUUUAGCAGACGACCUGGGGCGUUUGUGUCGCUGUGCGCGCGUUACCGCCUCAAAGUGUUUGGUGCUUGACCCUUGGUGGACCAGCAAUGGUGCA